CAUAAAUCCUAGAUGAGGACUGUGAGUUUGUUGUGUGGUGUGUGUCGACUUGUUGUUAUCAUGGCCUGGUUUGGCAUUAACUCUGUGUUUAACUUAAUAUGGCGCACAGCAGGUUUUAUAUGGCGCUACAUCAGGAUGUUUGGCUCUAUGGUCAGACAUGGGGUUUUACGCUGGAGAAAGGAUUACGGAAGUCUAAAGGAGCCUGAAAGAAGCGACGAAGAGACUUGCGCAAAGGAGGAAGAGGAGACUUGCAGUGAGGGUCAACCUGAGGCUGCGGUCAGGAAGAGGGCCGCAGACACUGACCGAGAGCUCACCUGCAAGCGGCCGAGGUCUGAAGAGGGUGAAUCUGAGAAAGACGUGUCUGAAGAGGGUGAAUCUGAGAAAGACGUGUCUGAAGAUGGAGAGCCUGACGACGAGGAGUAUCGAGUUGAGACCUCGGAUGAGUUUUACUGCGAAUAUGAUUCAACCUGGGAGACCGAGGAGCAGCAGGAGGACGGUUUCAGGGGGAGCAGGAGGAUCAGGCAUUACAAGUUCAGCAGAUUUGAAAGUGCCGCAAGAGACAUGCAGAACUACAGGCACAACUACCCAUCCCAGAGCAGGCCACAACACUGGAUGAAGCCCGUAUCUGAUGACAAGCCUAAUUUGAAGUUCUACCUCGGACUGAAGUCCUCCGUACCUGAUGGUGCCUUCAUACAUGAUUUCCAUAACGAAUGGUAUGGAGCGUAUGACAUACUGGAGUUUGUACACUCCUAUAUUCAAUGGUUGUUCCCCCUGCAGGAACCAGGGAUGAAUUAUGAGGCCAGCACACUGACAAAAGAAGAAAUAAAGGAGUUUCUUCAAAACAACACCGCAAAGGAAAACCUGUUGAAGUCAUACAGGCUUAUGUUGGACUUCUAUGGUAUUGAGUUGUGCGAUGAGGAAACAGGAGAAGUCAAGAGGGCAGAAAACUGGAGAGAGAGAUUUGACAACCUGAACAGCCACACUCAUAACAACCUGCGCAUCACCCGCAUCCUCAAGUGCCUGGGCACCCUGGGGUACCCUCACUACCAAGCCCCACUGGUCCACUUCUUCCUGGAGGAGACGCUCGUCCACGGAGAGCUCCCAAGUGUCAAAGAUAGUGUCCUCAGCUACUUUGUGUUUGCCGUCCUUGACAAGGGACAACGCAGGAGUCUCAUCAAGUUUGCCUACUUAAACUAUGACCGCAAAGAUGAGUUUGUUUGGUGCCCAAAGAAAAUUCAGAUGAAAUGGUCACAGAAGGUAAUGCCAAAAAAGGGAAUGAAUGUGGAGUACCUGAGUCUGAGCAAUGAGGAUGGAGCCGGAAACUAAAUCAAGCACUGUACCCACAUACAUUCUGCAUACUAAUGUAUACUGUACUAAAUAGUUUGUACGGGAUACUACUGUCACAGAUUAAGUAACAGGAAAUGAUGCGUCUGUUACUUUAGAAUAGAAAGGUGCAGGAAUGAGUCUUAAAUCUGGAUUUUAGUUAUGCCUGAAAUAAGGCCUAUAGUUAACACAAGCUUAAGACUUUGAUGUUUUAUUCCCACGGUAUAUUAUACAUCGGUAAAUAUACUUGUGAAUCCUAAAGCUCUUACGAGGCUUAUAAAAGGUGGCUGCAAGCAAGUGGAUAAAUAAGUACAGAACGCCACCACCCCAAACGUGGCUUUUUCUCGAUGCGGUUGUAACGUUUAGUCAUGCAACUGUAGUUCAUAUUAAGCCUACCUGUAGCGUUGUCGUUCUGACAAUUGCAUUUACUCUUAAAAAAAUAACAGUGGUGUUAAUUUGUGAAGAUUACGUUUCUGAACUAAAAAGUUUCAUAAUUAUUUGUUGACCAGAGUUUGAUUUCUGCAAUAAUCCCAUAAAAAACCCAUGGUCUUUUUGCCAGGGGAACUAGGGUGAUACUAACUUCUGGGUUGGCCUACAAAAUGUAAUUAAUGCACAUGUAAUUAAUGCACCACUCAAUUCCAAUUGAAUUAUACAAAUUUAACACCAAAACGUUUUUCAAAAUGAUUAUACUUGUUUUCUUACUUUUGCAAGAUUUAUUGGAGCUGUCUCACCAUUAUCAACAAUUUGUGAGCAUUUUUUCCAGCUGUGAGUAGCUUCUCUUUUUUGCUUUGUGCACUGAAUUGCUGGAGACGGUGUGCAUAAACAGCACACUCAGAUACUGACAGUUUGCUUGCUGUCUGCUUGAAAUAAACUGCGUUUUGUUUCUUGUCUAAUGUGAACACACUACAUACUAAAACUUAACUGUCAACUGUAGUGUAGACUAAGGACACGCUGUGUGCAGAUGAAAUAUUCAGCCCCGAAGAGAAGAGCACACGGAGUCAAAGCAACAAAAACAGUAGACGUAGGCAGUGAUGAUGAAUUAUAAUCCAGUGAUGAAGCGACAGAUACACUCCAAACACUGAAUUAUCUUUCUCAGGAGUUUACAUCAUGGUUUAUUGUUUGCUUUUUUGCCCUUUUUUUGUGCAAAUCCUUUUGAUUACUUCAUUAUUCACAGUUUUGUUUCUGGACUUAUUUAACCUUAACAAAAAGGGUGCGAUAUUCUGAACUGGGUUCAUGUUUUAAUCAAAAAAGAUCCAACAACAAAAAGACAGUUGUGUGUGUGUGUGUGUUAUGAUGCAUGUGGACAAGGUGCGCUAAUGAAGGAUUGUUGUAUAAAUUGCUCACGGGUUUGAAUGUAGUUAACAAGCCUGCAAUGACAAUUUUCAUCAUGCAAAGUCUAUUGUUAAAUAAAUUCUAAUUUCCUAUUCAUUGUGGU